AUGGGUGUGAAUAUGAUCGUGUACCUAAUAAUAAUAUCUACUGUACUAUCUUCCAUAUUUUUAGAAUCAAGAGCUCUCGAAUCUCCUCUUCAACAACUCUACAAUGACACUCCUUCUUCAAUUGCACCUUCUUCUUCUUCAGAAUCUCCUUUAGCACCAGCCUUGUUCGUCAUAGGAGACUCCUCGGUUGAUUCUGGAACCAACAAUUUUCUGGGCACAUUUGCCCGUGCCAACCACCUUCCUUAUGGACGAGACUUCGAUACCCACCAACCCACCGGAAGAUUCUGCAACGGAAGGAUCCCCGUCGAUUAUCUCGCUCUGCGUCUUGGGCUUCCUUUUGUGCCAAGUUAUCUAGGUCAAACAGGGGCAGUUGAAAAUAUGAUUCACGGGGUGAAUUACGCUUCUGCUGGCGCUGGCAUUAUUCUCUCCAGUGGCUCCGAAUUGGGUCAGCAUAUCUCCUUCACUCAGCAAAUUCAGCAAUUUACAGACACCCUUCAGCAGUUUAUAUUAACUAUGGGAGAGGAUGCUGUGACCGGUCUCGUAUCUAACUCUAUCUUUUAUAUUUCUAUUGGUAUAAACGAUUACAUUCAUUACUAUUUGCUCAAUGUAUCCGACGUCGAUAAUUUGUACCUACCAUGGCGCUUCAACCAGUUUUUAGCAUCUUCUGUGAGACAAGAAAUUAAGAACUUGUACAAUUUAAAUGUUAGGAAAGUGGUGGUCACGGGACUGGCCCCUAUUGGCUGUGCCCCUCACUACUUGUGGCAGUACGAUAGUGAAAAUGGAGAAUGUGUUGAGCAGAUAAAUGACAUGGUCAUUGAAUUUAACUUUCUCAUGAGGUACAUGGUUGACAAGCUUGCUGCGGAGCUCUCUGAUGCAAAUAUCACCUUCUGUGACGUGUUUGAAGGUUCCAUGGAUAUUUUAAAGAAUCAUGAACGUUAUGGCUUUAAUGUCACGAACGAGGCCUGCUGUGGAUUGGGGAAGUACAAGGGCUGGAUCAUGUGCUUCUCACCUGAAAUGGCAUGCACUAAUGCCUCCAACCACAUCUGGUGGGACCAGUUUCAUCCAACUGAUGCAGUGAAUGCCAUUCUUGCAGAUAAUAUAUGGAAUGGUCAGCACACUAAAAUGUGCUAUCCUAUGAACUUGGAGGACAUGGUAACUCAUAAGGCAAAAUGA